UCAAUCAUACAACAAACACAGAGUAAUUCAUCCCAAUAGUAAUGGAGGCAAAGGAGGAAGAUGUCCGAUUGGGAGCCAACCGGUUCAACGAAAGGCAGCCGAUUGGAACAGCGGCGCAGAGCCAAGACGACGCCAAGGACUACAACGAGCCACCACCGGCACCUCUGUUCGAGCCAGAGGAGCUCACUUCAUGGUCCUUUUACAGAGCCGGAAUUGCCGAGUUUUUCGCCACUUUCCUCUUCCUUUACAUCACUGUUUUGACCGUCAUGGGUGUCGUACGGUCGAAGGAAGCCACUGGGAAUACCUGUAAGACCGUCGGGAUUCAGGGGAUCGCUUGGGCUUUCGGGGGUAUGAUUUUUGCUCUGGUUUACUGUACUGCUGGAAUCUCCGGUGGCCACAUUAACCCGGCGGUGACUUUUGGGCUGUUUCUGGCGAGGAAAUUGUCGUUGACCAGGGCGAUCUUCUACAUGGUGAUGCAGUGCCUUGGUGCCAUCUGCGGCGCCGGCGUGGUGAAGGGGUUCCAACCCAAGCCCUACGAAAGGCUCGGCGGUGGAGCUAACGUUGUGAAUGAGGGCUACACCAAAGGGGAUGGGCUUGGCGCUGAGAUCGUCGGUACUUUCAUCCUUGUUUACACCGUCUUCUCCGCCACCGACGCCAAACGCAGCGCCAGAGACUCGCAUGUUCCGAUUUUGGCGCCGCUACCAAUUGGGUUUGCAGUGUUCUUAGUCCACUUGGCCACAAUUCCGAUCACCGGCACCGGCAUCAACCCAGCCCGGAGUUUGGGAGCCGCCAUCAUCUUCAACCAGGACAAAGCCUGGGACGAUCACUGGAUAUUCUGGGUUGGACCGUUCAUCGGAGCAGCAUUGGCAGCUUUAUACCAUCAAGUGGUCAUCAGAGCCAUUCCCUUCAAGUCCAAGUGAACAUUAUUCAUCAUAAUCAUCGUUAAUACAAAGAACAGAAACCCCAAAUUCCCAAAUUUCAAAUCUGAGCAACGUUUUAAUUUUAAAUAUUUCUCUACGCAAAAGCUCUUAUUAUAUUAUUGCAACUAUUUUCCAUUUUUUUUUCCUUGGGAUAACGAUUAUGGCAUCUUUUGUAUGAAAUGAAAUGUUGACAGAUUUGUGUUGA